CUCCUCGGCAAAGGAGGACGUGCCGACCAAAGCAACAGCUGGCAGAGACGCGGCCGGCGUGGGAUUGGCGGAGUACAAGUGACGGGCUGGGGCUGCGAGCGUCGCUGGAGUUGUAAAGACGCACGCAGCACCCCGGGCCAUUCCGGAACGCACGCGGCUGCCGACACUGCGGGAUCAAGGGCAGCGUCGGCCGCAGGCCGCCCCUGAGCUGGCCUCCCAGCUCUGCUGUCGGGCUUUUCCUGGCCCGCUCGCGCCGCCAGCCCUCCAGCUCUUCCGGGAGGCCGGGACAUGAACGGCUACGGCUCCCCCUAUCUGUACAUGGGCGGCCCGGUGUCGCAGCCGCCGCGGGCGCCCCUGCAGCGCACCCCCAAGUGCGCGCGCUGCCGCAACCAUGGCGUGCUGUCUUGGCUCAAAGGUCACAAGCGCUACUGCCGCUUCAAAGACUGCACCUGCGAAAAGUGCAUCCUCAUAAUCGAGCGGCAGCGGGUCAUGGCGGCGCAGGUGGCACUGCGCAGGCAGCAGGCCAACGAGAGCCUCGAGAGCCUCAUCCCCGACUCGCUGCGCGCCCUGCCGGGACCCCCGGCGUCCGGGGACACCGCUGCGGCCGCCGCCCCGCAGCCGCCACCCACCUCUCAGUCGUCUCAGCCGUCGCGCCCCGCCGCCGAGUUGGCUGCUGCCGCUGCGCUGCGCUGGGCCGCCGACCCCCAGCCCGGGGCGCUGCAGGCGCAGCUGGCCAAGCCAGAUUUGACGGAAGAGCGACUUGGGGACAGCAGCAUGGCAGACACCACAGAGACCUUCAGUGACAAAGACACCGAGCAGAGGAGCUCCCCAGAUGUUGCAAAAAGUAAGGGCUGCUUCACCCCCGAGAGCCCCGAGAUAGUGUCGGUGGAUGAAGGUGGGUAUGCAGUCCAGAAAAAUGGCGGCAACUCCGAGAGCCGCUCCGACAGUCCCAAGUACCAGGGGGAACAGAAUCACCUCCUGAUUGAGGGCCCCUCGGGGACCGUGUCUCUGCCCUUCAGCUUGAAAGCCAACAGACCCCCACUGGAAGUGUUAAAGAAAAUAUUCCCCAACCAGAAGCCCACGGUGCUGGAGCUGAUCCUGAAGGGCUGUGGGGGGGACCUGGUGAGCGCCGUGGAGGUCCUGCUCUCCAGCCGGUCCUCGGUCUCGGGGGCCGACCGAACUUCAGCAGAGCCCGAGAGCCUUGUGUUACCCUCCAAUGGGCACAUCUUUGAACACACCUUGAGCUCCUACCCCAUCUCCUCCUCCAAAUGGUCUGUGGGAUCAGCCUUCAGAGUCCCAGACACCUUGAGGUUUUCUGCUGACUCCAGUAACGUUGUCCCUAACCCCUUGGCCGUCCCCCUGCAGCACCCUUUCCCCCAGCCACCCCGGUACCCACUCAUGCUGAGGAAUACUUUGGCAAGAAACCAGUCGAGCCCCUUUUUGCCCAACGAUGUCACUCUGUGGAACACCAUGACGCUGCAGCAGCAGUACCAGCUGAGGUCCCAGUACGUCAGCCCGUUCCCCAGUAACUCUACCAGCGUCUUCAGAAGCUCGCCUGUCCUCCCCACUCGCACCCCAGAGGACCCUCGGAUCUCCAUCCCUGAUGAUGGCUGUCCGAUUGUGUCAAAGCAGUCCAUUUACACUGAGGAUGACUAUGACGAGAGGUCCGACUCCUCGGACUCCAGAAUACUCAACACAUCAUCUUAAAGUGGCACCAGAUGGGAGGUGACCAGGUGACAUGUUCUGUGCAUUUGAAGCCUGGUGGGGGGACCCUCAGGAGAGGCCACAUCCUGUGUACACCUUUUCCUUCUGUUUGACAGAGUGACUGUGCUUGAUUCUGUACUUAGCAAUAAAAACAUAACUUAUUUAAUUUCUUGCACUUCACUGGAAAAUGCCAAAUAGCUCUGCUCUGUGGCUUUAGUGCUAAAUGUUCAUUGUAAAAGAAAGUCUGAUGCUAAGAAUAGUCUUGGGAAAGCUGGGUCCACGGAAGAUUUACUUGGGGAUGUAAUGCUGAAGGUCCGAAUGUUCAGUAACAUAGUGUCCUUGAAUGCAGUUUUGUGAAAGAGGGUUCCUCAGGAUAUGUGAAACCUAAAG